AUGGGAAAGAAAGCAGUCCAGUUCGGCGGUGGUAACAUCGGCCGUGGCUUCGUCGCUGAGUUUCUCCAUGCGGCUGGCUACGAAGUUGUCUUUGUUGAUGUUGUCGACAGUGUUAUCUCUGCUCUGAAUGAUGCUCCGUCCUACACUGUGACCGAGAUCAGUGAGGAAGGAGAAAACACCAAGACUAUCACCAACUAUCGUGCCAUCAACUCCAAGACCCAUGAGGGCGACGUUGUGCGCGAGAUUGCCUCGGCGGACGUGGUGACGUGCGCUGUCGGCCCUAACAUCCUCAAGUUCAUCGCUCCUGUCAUUGCCAAGGGCAUUGAUGCUCGCACCGAAUCGAAACCUCUGGCCGUCAUCGCCUGUGAGAAUGCCAUCGGCGCGACAGAUACACUGCACGGGUUCAUUAAGCAAAACACCAACCCUGACCGUCUUAGCACCCUCUCCUCACGGGCCCUGUUUGCCAACUCCGCCAUUGACCGUAUUGUUCCCAACCAGCCCCCCAACCACGGCCUGAACGUCCGCAUCGAGAAGUUCUACGAAUGGGCCGUCGACCAGACUCCCUUCAAGGACGUUGGUCACCCAGACAUUCCGGCCAUCCACUGGGUGGAUCACCUGGAGCCUUACAUUGAGCGGAAGCUUUUCACUGUGAACACCGGCCAUGCCACGACCGCCUACUAUGGCUAUAAACGUGGGAAGAAGACCAUCGCUGAGGCCCUUCGGGAUCCGGAAAUCCGGGAUAUCGUUCACAAAGUCCUCGACGAGACCGCAUCGCUCAUCGUCGCCAAGCAUCCCAUAUCGGAGCAGGAGCAGAAGGAAUACGUGAACACCAUCAUCAAUCGAUUUUCCAACCACUACCUUGAGGACCAGGUGGAGCGAGUGGGUCGUGCCCCAGUGCGCAAGCUGUCUCGCAAGGAACGGUUCAUUGGCCCUGCAUCGCAGCUCGCAGAACGCGGUAUGAAGUUUGAUCAUUUGAUUGGUGCUGCUGAGAUGGCCCUCCGAUUCCAGAAUGUCUCCGGUGACGAGGAGAGUGUUGAACUUGCUCAUGUGCUCAAGGACAGCUCGGCCGAAGAAGCCACCACUCAGCUGACCGGGCUGGAAAAGGAUCACCCCUUGUAUGCAUCUGUGCUGGAGCGAGUGAGAACCGUUCAACAAGGAAGCAAAUAG